AUGGAGCUUCCACCUCUGGUCGCGAUCUUUCUGGUUGUGUUUGACCAAAGGAAAGGCUACACGAUUACCUGGCAACGCGCUCUCUCCGAUGUCGACCUGGACGGCGUCGAAUACCGAAGCCUGCCCUCUGGCCUACACUCAGUGGACGAAGAUCUAGUGUACUUUCGUCAUGGCGAACACGUGGGUGCAAGCGUGUUCGUGAGAGGAGAAGCCGACGCGGCGCAUCGCAAUGCCAACUUCGCGGCCGUGGGAGUGCUGGUAUCUCAACAUGGAGCAUUGGGACAGGUGUGGCUCCAUGCAGAAGAGCUGAGAAUAUUGGCGAGGAAUGUGGUCGGAGAUGUCAGUGAUACCGGAGCUCUUGAGUCGUUCUGGACAAAGCACAAGAGUCAGGAUACUGGUGGCAGCAGUACGGCUGGGAGUAAGAAGAGGAAGCGUGCACAAUCGGAAGCCACACUGGCUGGACUAAACAACUCUGCGCAAAUAUGGCCCAAGGAUCACCCAGCACUCGCUGCGCCGGAAGUGAUCGAUCUGUUUGGUCCGCUUCUGUUUCCCCUCCACCGAGCAGCUCUUGCGAGGCAGAGAGUGCUGGUGAUGGGCAAUGCUCCUGUGCAGGACGCUGGUAACGUGCUAUACAUGACCUCCGUGCUUUCCACAAUACCUCAUGCACUGCGUGAGAGCCUGCCAGCCGAGGCUGGGUCUCUACUACGACCGUUGCCGCUCUUCAGCGUUGGCAUUCAUGACAUACCGAAUUUGCCGGGCAGUGAAGAUAGCAACGGCUGGCUGGCUCACACUACGGACGAUAUACUCGGUGAGAAGAAAGAGCUGUGGGAUCUGAAGGUCAACCUGCCGUCCCGCCUUGCUCCUGCCCAGCGUUGGCCAGCACUGCAAACUUCGGAUGGGAGAAUAGUGAAGGCUACCCAACGCGACCUGCGGCGAUGGAAACUGUUGCAACGCGAACUUAAGAGAUUGCGAUCCCAGAUCGGUGGAGGAUUCACAGACAGCGGCAGUAUGCGCAGUCAGCCUGACAGUGACCAGAGACCGCUGCUCGAGCGAGGGAACACCACCACCUCCACAUACGAUCUUGGAGUUGCGGAUUGCGGCGACUCAGAAGCCGUUGAAGCGCCCACCUGGACAUCAGUGGCAUAUCGAGGCUUCAUGUGGUGGGCGUCAGCGGGCGAUGCGAGCGCGUGGGAGAAUGAGGAGUCCAAGGCGGACGAGGAGCUACUGUUCGAUAUGCCCGAUCUGGGAGCAUUGUCUCCUGACAGCGGCGAUGGACCCGAAGCUACAGAUGCAGAGUAUGCAAGGGCUGCGGCUACGCUACUUGUUGCAUAUUUCCGAAGAGUCACUGAAGGCAUAUUCCGGACGAUGGCGAGUUCUGUUGAAGAUGCAGACGAUAAUACGGAAGAAGGCGUUGCAGAGGAAGAGAUCUUGCUCAAUGGCGACGAUGUACGGAAUAUGGGACUCGACCCCUGGAGCGCGGCCGACAAAGCCUGGGUGGAAGAUAUGAUGAAGAUCUGGUAUGGCCGGGAUACAAGAGUGUCAGACGGUGGCAUCAUGGUAUGCGGUGUCAAGAUAUGUUGA